ACGUUUGCGACAUGCGCCAAAGCUGCAGAAGCGUCAUGUCAAAGAAAUACGUGUGAUAAUUCCCUUGUCACUGACGUUAUCAGCGCGAUUGUUCCCAAUGCGACACUUUCUUUGCAGUUAGAGAGUAAGGUAAAUCUGGCAUGUUUGUCCAGCUGCGCAAACUUUGUGGCGGGGAGAACAUCUAGCUUUUCCCCGGCUCUUACCGCACUACAGUCGCAGCGAAAGACUACGUAUGCGAACGAGUUGAAGAAUUGCGUAACUGCAGGAACGCCGACUUCCGCUGGAAGUGGCACUGCAACGACAGCAUCUGCAAGUGUCGGUGGAGCAGCGCGGGAGCGUUCAAGGACAAGUCUGACAGCCGCAACACGUGACCUUUCAAAUGACUUUAACGUAACUUCGCUCACUGAGGAACAGAGAGACGCUUAUUAUCAACAACUACAGACUCUGGCCGAAAAAUCUAACACUGCUUUACACUCUGCUGACCAAUUGAUCGGAUUGCUCGUUGGACUAGUCUUCGGGAGACAACUGCAAACAAGCGCCAUGGGCCUAGUUGGAGGCAUCGCUGAAGCUCUUUAUAAUGUCAAGUCCCUUUUUCCGGAUGACAAAUUUUCGCUCAUCAUACUCGUCACCACAACUCUGGAAGCGGUGUUGUUGAUGGGCUCACUUCUCGGAGUGUUUAACCAAAUUUUAGUAGGAGGAAGCAGUUCGUUGGCGUCGAACAAUUUGGAUUAUUUCUUCACAAUCGCGAUAGUUGGGUUGGUCUUUUAUGAGGGACUGCCUGCUUGGACUGGGUUUCGACUGUGGAGGAAGGCUGUUGAAGAUGGUGCGGAAGAAGAUGAGAAGAAGAAAAUGUCCUCUGGGAAUCCUCAGCGUGACCGAUUAUACCAAGAAUGCAGGAACCAGUACUACGCCAUGACCGUUUUGUUUCUCAUUACCGGAGUUUCUCUCUAUCUCUGGUCCCACCAAGACGACAAGCCGUUGUAUGAACAUGGUGUGACGGAUUACGCAAUAGAAUAUUGCUUGGAUUUCAAGAUGUAUGUCGAUAUGGCCAUAGCCUAUUAUGCGAAGAAGUGCGUGACUGCGGUUGCGACGACUGAUCUGCUCUUGAGGGCAUUCACGUCUGCUGGUAUGGUAAGAGGGAAUAAGGAAUCGCAGAUAAAGGUGGAGAAUGAAUUUGGUGUGCUUUUUGAUAUUGAUGUAAAGGAGCAGAGGGCAACGUCUACGGGGAGGUGACGGGGCAUCGUUUACAUUAUAAGAUUUAUACGCACGUUCUUAGUUGUUGCUUCUUGAAGAUAGAAAUUGUGACAUGUAUUUUUAUCAUAGCC